AUGUAUCUUGAAGAUAUUGUGUGGUCUCACAGGCAGGAAGAGAUUCUGAGACUUUUUGCUGCCGAUAACGAUGAAAAGAGACAUCGAUUUGCUCCAAUGAAAAAUCGGCAAAGAGCCUUCAUCCACAGCCUUGCGGAAGAUUUUGGAUUUGAUGGAGAAAGUCUGGAUCCUGAACCACAUCGACAUGUACUUUUGUUCAAAACACCCAAGUUUGUGUCGGCGCCGAUGAAGACCUUGGCACAGGCAGUCAGGAUCAAGCGCGCGCAACUCAACAUUGUAGCUCCAAUCCACUCAUCCACGGUAGAAGCCAAGCCAGCAGACGAGGUCAAGUAUGACUAUAAUGGUCUGCUUCUUACCAAUGUGAAAUUCGGAUUGACAGAGGAUGAGGUGAAGCCUUUGGUCAAGAAGUCAGCCGCAUCUAUCGACUUUGACAUAAUCUUCUUAUCCAACGACGAUGGUGUUGGGUUGCUGCCAUCAAGGUCUUGGGAAACACCCGAGCAGUUGACAACAUCGCUGACUGGCCUACAGCCAUUGAUUGCCAGCGAAAUGGCCAAGCAUCACAUUGCAUCAACAACCACUCUGUGUCAGUUCGAUCUGUCUGGUGUUGAGCCUCGAGUGGUUCACGUGCAGGGGAAAGCCAGCAGCAGCUUUGCUAAUGGUUGGUCUCAGGUUGCAGCCAAGAGAGCAAUACCUAUGCAAGCACCUCAGGUGAAACCCGUUGGGCAACGACCGAUCUACACAGUAUUGGGGAGUCGACUAGCGGAGGCGAAGAAAAGGAAGCAGGAAAAUGAAGAUAGACUUCGGAAGCAAGCGCUCAAAGAAGAAGUCAUAGACGACUGGGAGAAUGAGGCCGAGCAGGAGGAACAAGAAGAAGCCGCGCUGGGGAGUAGCGCCCAAGGGCUAUGA